AUGCAGCCGAGAAGUUUCCUAACAGCCGCUCGCCCACGAGAGCUCACUGGCGAAUCCGCGGGUUACCUGGGCGGCCCGCCGUGGCAGAGAUCGAGGACGGGAGAUAAGGGCUGUGUAAGUUACACCACCUGCGCCUGGCUGCGGUGUGUAGGGCCCGCGGUAGCAGUUAAUAGCGGUACAGGUUUCGACAGCUCCGUGGUCGCUGCGGUCAUUUGGUAUAUAGAAACGAGAACGGCUGUUCGGGGUAUCCCCAAUAGAAGGAGUGGAUUAAGAAUUUGGUCUCAAACCCAGGAUCUAGAUUUGACAUUGGGUAUUGCAGAACGAUGCAUCCUUUGUCGUAUAAUCUCAAAAGUGACUCAGUGGUUCCGGUACAGAUAUUUCCGACUGCUGCCUCCAUGGAGUCGAGACCGUUUACACCGACGGAGAAGAGCAACGAACCAGCCUGCAGUCGUAUUGUCCUAUCGAACAAUCGGAACGGUAAAUAAUCGAUACGGCGUGAAAUGGAGAAACGUUACGUACUCCACAUGUCGGGGAGCCUCUAGCAGUGAUGAUGUCUUCAGCGGGGUAAUGGCUGUCUCUACCACUUCCUUCUCUGCAACACCUGGGAUAAUUGUAAUUGGCGCUGUUGCUCUAAAGUAUAUUUGUGGUCUGCUCUUUGGAACCUCAGCUUUCGCUUUGCCAUCAGCUUAG